AUGGAGAACUCAACUGAGGUUUUGUUUUUUGUGCUGGCAGCCUAUGGUAAUAUUGGAGAAUUAAAAUACCUGUAUUUCUGCAUAAUGCUGUUAUGGUACCUCUCCAUAUGUGUCAAUAACGCAGCUGUUAUCGUGAUCAUAUUUUUGGACAAAAGGUUACAUGAGCCGAUGUAUAUAUUACUAUGUAAUUUGCUUAUGAAUGAAAUUUUUGUCACCACCGUAAUUUAUCCCCUUGUAAUGUCACAGAUGUUUUCAGACACCCAUGAAGUGACCCUGCUGUGGUGUUUUAUGCAGAUGGGUUGUCUCUCCACAUCUGCUUCUAUUGAGUUUUGUAGUUUAGCAGCCAUGGCCUAUGACAGAUAUGUCGCUAUCUGUUGUCCUUUACACUACAAUGUCAUAAUGAACACAAGACAAGUAGGUACCAUCACUGUUGUUGUAUGGAUGUAUUCAUUUGUCAAUAGUAUGUUCUCAUUUUCUUACAUAAUUGAUUUGAAAUUUUGUGGAAAUGUCACUGACAAAUUGUUUUGUGACCACUACUUAAUAAUUAAACUUGCAUGUUCAGUUUCAGUACUCAACAAAGUAUCUGAUCUGCUUCAUGCCUUUGUGACUAUUGUUAUCCCAUUUAGUCUCAUUUUAUUCUCUUACAUAAAGAUUUUGGUCGUUUGUCAGAACACCUCUGAAGAAAGCUGGCAAAAAGCUGUCACCACCUGCACACCUCAGAUUUUCUCCCUUUCUGGCUUGUUUAUAGGCCUUAUUUUUCAUUUUAUUAUUUCCAUGUUUGAUGCAACUCUGGUGUCAGAUAAAGUACGUAGUUUUUUUACACUGUGUCUCCUCAUUUACCAACCUAUGCUCACCCCCAUUAUGUAUGGAUUUAACUUACCAAAGAUAAAACAAUCAUUGAAAAGAUUUCUGCUUGAUAGAAAAUAA